AUUAGAUUUACUUGUUAAAAGAAAUCGUGACAAACAAAAAUCAUCAACAUCAUCAAAUACAGGAUAUUAUUUUCGUCUUCAAUGGCUUGCAAUUGGUCUUAUUAUUGAUCGAUUAUUUUUUUAUCUUUAUUUUACUGCAACAGUUGUUUCCUAUUUUGUCACACUUUGGCUUAUACCCUAUUCGCAUCCGAAUUUAACUAUUGAUAUUCAAAAUUUAUAA